GGCACACUUGCGCAUCUCAUCGAGGCUCAAGGCUCAAGACCUCGACUGGAACACAGUCCUGAAGAACAGUUCUUUUGCUUUUCUAGAGGAUCUUCUGGCCCCAGGCAGAUAGCCCUAUCACAGAACGACUGGCCUUGAGCCGCGAUCGAGACGUGGCCAACACUUGAGGACCCUUAACUCGUCCAAGUUCUGACCAAAAAAGUACUACUCACCGCGCUUGAGCCGAAGAUUCGAUGAUGGCUCGCCACAGAACAUCGCGCUCACCGUCUCCUGCAGGAAGUCGAGGAAGCCGCCAUGACGACAGACGGGAUCGUGAUCGUGACCGUGACCGCGGCCGACGGGAUGCCCCGAGGGAUCGUCGACGCAGCCGCAGCCCUGGUCGCUACCGAGACCACUUCGACAGGGACCGAGAUUCAUACCGUCGCCGGGACCGCUCCGUAGACCGGAGAGAUCGAGACGACGACUAUUAUCGUGGCGGCCGAAGAGCUGGAGCCUCCUACAGGGACGGGGACAGGCAUCGCUCCCGGGAGCGAGACAGGUCUCCGCCACGCCGUCGAGACAGAAGCAGGGAGAGGGAGAGGGAUGCUCGUGGGAGACGCGAUGAUUCCCAGCUUCGCACCCGGCGAGAGGGCACCGCCGACUCAAAUGCGUCACGAAGCAAGACUGACGACGGACGCCCGCGAGGCCCUACCUCCGCAGCAAAACCAGGCCCAAAGGAUGCUGAAGCCGCUAAGUCUACACAAACCCAAGCUCAGGCCCAAAGUGAUAAACAGGCGGAACGACUUGCUAAACUUGAGGCUUGGAAAAAGAAGACCCUGACCAAGCAGGCGACCAAGGAGACAGAUGCCACGAGCACGCGGAAGCUCCUUGCCGAGAUGGAUGGCAGGGCGAGCGGCACUCCAACUGUCAUAGCCUCGCCGUCAAAUGGCACGCCCGGAGCUGCCUCCCCCAGCACUCCGCAAGCCGCGCAGGAAGCAUCCCCUACUGUUCCUUACGCGGGCAAGUUCGACCCUAAAGCGAUCGCGAAAAAGUCAGCGGCCCGCCAUCACUCGCCUGUACCCCUGGGCGACAUACCAGGAGCACCGGCGACAUCUGGAAAGGCAGCCAAGAAUGUCUCGUCUACAGCUUCCGCACUACCGACUGGCAAGAAUAUCAGCGGCUUUGGCUUUCAAAAGGCGAAUGGGGAUGGAGAAAAGCCAUCUGCCAAGCGGAAGCUGCUUCUGGAUGAUGAAGAGACAUCAAACCGCAAGUUAGCAAAGCUUCCCGACAUUUCGUUGGAGGAUGCGGAUGCCACUCCGUUCGCUAAUCAAGAAGAUGAAUCCGAUUCCGAUGGUGAUAACUUUGCUGGCACUGAGGAAGAAGCUGCCGCCGCCGCCCGAGCAGCACAUGACAGGCGGGAGGAGAGAAUCCUACAGCAGAGCAUGGCUAUGCAGACAGACGAGACUGAAAAAGAGGCCGAAACAGAACCCACACCUGCUCCAGCAGCGAGUGAAGAAGCUCCCUCGGCUCCAGCCCAACCAGAAGCCGUCCCUGAGGCCAUGGAAGUUGACGACGAUAUCGACCCACUGGAUGCUUUCAUGGGAGAUCUCGCAGACGACUCAACCACAAAAGCCGCCAAACCCCGCAGCAAACAAACCAAUAAGCCCCAGGAAAAAGAGCCAGAGGUCUACUUUUCAGACGACGAGUACGACUACAUGGACAAGGCAGAGGCAAACCCUGAGUCAAUUCUAGCUAUCACAGCCAAGAAGAAGAAGAAGGACAUCCCCAAGAUCGACUACAGCAAGAUCGAGCUCAAUCCCAUACGGAAAAACUUCUGGUUCGAACCGUAUGAGCUCAGCCAGAUGACUGAGGCAGAGGUUACCGAACUGCGUAUGGACUUGGAUGGUAUCAAAGUCUCCGGGAAAGACAUCCCAAAACCUGUCCAGAAGUGGUCGCACUGCGGUCUCACCCAUCCCAUGUUGCAUGUCAUACGUGAAUUGGGAUACGAAAAGCCCACGCCAAUUCAGAUGCAGGCGUUGCCAGUCAUCAUGUCCGGCCGCGAUGUCAUUGGUGUCGCUAAGACGGGAUCCGGAAAGACGAUGGCGUUCCUGCUUCCUAUGUUCCGUCACAUCAAGGACCAGGAUCCCGUUCGAGAUGACGGCCCGAUCGGUCUUAUCCUGACACCGACACGAGAGCUUGCUACCCAGAUCUUCCGUGACUGCAAACCUUUCCUUUCGGCAUUAAACUUGCGUGCUGUCUGCGCGUAUGGCGGCCCGCCAAUCAAGGAUCAGAUCGCUCAGCUUAAGGCUGGCGCAGAAAUUAUCGUUGCAACUACAGGGAGAUUCAUCGACCUCCUGGCCGCAAACCAGGGUCGUGUCGUUGGCCUCAAGCGCACAACCUUUAUCGUGUUGGACGAAGCUGAUCGAAUGUUUGAUAUGGGCUUCGAGCCUCAGGUUAUGAAGAUCUUCGCCAAUGUCCGGCCAGACCGCCAGACUGUGUUGUUCUCCGCGACCAUGCCUCGCAUCAUUGACGCAUUGGUGAAGAAGGUCCUAAAAAAUCCCGUCGAGAUUACUGUGGGCGGUAAGAGCGUCGUAGCUCCCGAGAUCACACAGAUUGUGGAGGUUAGGGAAGAGAAGGACAAGUUCUUGCGUCUCCUCGAACUGCUCGGCAACUUAUACGCUGAUGAUGAUGAUGUUCGCGCGCUGAUCUUUGUCGAGAGACAAGAAAAGGCGGAUGAUCUGCUCCGGGAGCUGUUGCGAAAAGGUUACGGAUGCAUGUCUCUCCACGGCGGCAAAGAUCAAGUGGAUCGUGACUCGACAAUUACCGAUUUCAAGAGCGGAGUGUGCCCUGUCCUGGUCGCAACCUCGGUCGCAGCUCGCGGUCUUGACGUCAAGCAGCUCAAGCUUGUGGUUAAUUAUGAUGCACCAAACCACCUGGAAGACUAUGUUCAUCGUGCUGGCCGCACAGGCAGGGCCGGCAACACCGGUACGGCGGUGACCUUCAUUACUGAAGAGCAAGAAAAUUGUGCACCGGGCAUUGCGAAAGCUCUGGAGCAGAGUGGCCAGCCUGUCCCGGAUCGGCUUGAACAGAUGCGCAAAGCGUGGAGAGAGAAAGUCAAGGCUGGUAAGGCAAAAGACCAGUCUGGUUUCGGCGGUAAAGGUCUGGAGCGUCUGGACAAAGAACGCGAGGUUGCACGCCAGAGAGAGCGCAAGACCCAUAAGGCUGAGGGCGACGACGAGGACGAAAAGGAGGAAGCACCAGCUGAUGACGAGAAGAAGAACAAGGCUGCGUCAGCAAUCCAGCAGGCCGUUUCUGCCGUCGUCUCUCGCGAUGCUGCCAAGGCCGCCGCCGAAGAGGGCAAGGCCGCCGCGGCGGAGGCCGGCGCGACAGAGGCCGGAGGCGCCAAGGGAGGCGCGCUCGACAAGGCCGCCCAGGCGGUCAACGACAUCAACGCGCGUCUCGCCCGCGCCGGCCAGCUCCGCCCAGGGCAGCCCAUCGACAACAAGGGCCCUGACGCCGGCGCGUUCCACGCGACGCUGGAGAUCAACGACUUCCCGCAAAAGGCAAGGUGGGCCGUCACCAACCGCACCAACGUGGCCAAGAUCCUCGAGGCGACGGGCACAUCCAUCACGACCAAGGGCAACUUCUACCCGGCGGGCAAGGAACCGCCGGCCGGAGCCGAGCCGAAGCUCUACAUCCUGAUCGAGGGCGACACCGAGGUCGUCGUUAGCAACGCGCUCACGGAGCUCACGAGGUUGCUGAGGGAGGGUACGAUCGCGGCGGCGGACGCGGAGAACCGCGCCCCGGCCAGCGGGCGGUAUACCAUUACAUGAUCGGCUGGCUCCAGGCAGUUCCCACCGACCGCGGGCAGACUAUGGGGUUCGAAGGGUGCUUUGUCUCUCGCGCACAAAGACCGCCCUAUACACGAUGCUGUGCAAUCUGUACUACACACCUCAAAGGGAGGGGAGUUUCAUGAACCAAUAGCUUAGGCGCAUAGGCAUCAACAGGCAGCAAGUCAAAUACGUAUCUACCGUCCUCGUCGUCCGAACAAUUGACCGCCUUUCUGUGUGCGUGGGCUUGUGAGCUGCGUGGUUUCCGUACGCCCCCCGUGUCUAGUUUCGUUUGGGGAUUGCAUGGUUCGAGGCAACCCCCAGCCAUGAGCUGUGAUCGUCUGAUUGUUUCUGCCCAUCAGACCAUUAGGGGCUGAAACGUUCAAAGUGUCCCGAUUGAACGCCCUGGCUGCCUCCCUCUCUAUUCCUAAACUGCCAAACAGGUCCGCAUAUAGGGCUAUUAAUUAUUAUAGUCAUUGGCGCGACGUGCGACCUCUCUCCUCUUCGCAGACUUCGCUUGAUCUGUCGACGCGUGGGACUAAUGUCUCUUCUUGUCUUGGCAUUGAGUGAGCGAUGAAGCGAACGGUGCUGGCUAAUAAGUUGAUCUCUUGUGCGUUGUCGUCAUUUGCUCUGUAAUCACUUGUGGGCUUUCAUGUCGGCUGGCAAGGCACGGUUGGCGAUCAAGGAUAUCUUGUUUGCACCAAAGCAGCAAGCACAUCGGUUCACACAUGAAUAAAUGGCAAGUGACUUGCACAUGGA